AUGUUAGCCAGAUUGUUGAAUAAAUUAAUGGUAACUUAAAAUAAGGAGGAGUAUCCAAAAAUGAUGGAAACACAAUUCAAAGCCUUAUUAAACUUCAUAUAACAUAUAUCAUAUUUCAAUACUCGCCAUUCUUUUAAACAAAGCCAUCAAGAGAAUAAGAAUACUUUAAGAGGUGGAGGAUGUGGAAAAUCUAAAAUAGAGAACACAAUUGAUACCAAAGUAAAAUCAGAUUAAAAUUUAAUGAUCUCUUCCUAAAUACCUGACAACUUUAUUACAAAUCUGAGUGACACUCUAAAUCUCAUAGUAGAAGGAGCCAAAUUUAUAGGUGAUACUACCAAAAGAAAUGAAGUAAUAAUUAAAAUUUAGUGGUUUAUUCAUAAUAGAGAACACUUAAAUUACUUUUGUAUUGAUCAAAAAGAAACUGACAAAAUUUAUGAUUUAGUAUAAGAAUGUUUUGAAAAUAUCUUAACAGUGUUAGCAACGUACUUAAGAAUUUCUGGGUUUUUUUGCUAUUAAAUAUUAUAAAUUUCUAAUGAGCUUUUAAGAAUUAUGUAUGCAUUCUAAUUAAACAAUCCUAAAAGAUGUUUUGAAGUUUCAGUGCAACAAGACUACUUAUAAAAGUUAUCAGAAUUUAACACACAAUUAGAAAUUGAAUAAGCAAAUGUUUGGAAGACUGGAAUUGAAUUUGAAGUUACAAUAAUGAAAAUUAUGAUCAUGAAUUCAUAAACUAAUUCAACUGAAGGAACAGAUUUAUUAAUUGAUUUUUUUAAGGAAGUAGGUAAAUCAAUUGUAUCAUUCUCUCCUACAGAAGAUCUACUUUCAACAAUUAUAAGUGGGGGUCGAUAUCUAUUAAAUAAAGGAUUUGAAUAAACAAUAUAUCCCAAAGAAACUUAUUAAAUGUAUUACUUAUUUUAAUUGAUAAAAUGGUCAAUAAUAAGACAAUUAAAAUCAAAGUAGUCAGUCUAUAAGUAAAUAUAACAAUUAAAAGAUGUUUUUUAAUAAUAUAUACUAGUUUCUAAUAAUUGGAUUUUGCAUUUUUGCUGGAUUUAAAUGAUUUUUGAUAUAAUUGCUUAUCGUCCUAUUAUAGAUAAGUCUAUAUUAUUUAAAAAACAAUAAAGUCAAUCAUUAAAUAAAUGGAAUCUUCUUAUUGAAAAUGAUUUAAUUCAUUGCGUUUCAUAUGAUAAGAAUCAAGCUGUUAUAACUUUUUUUUAAAAUUAAUCUAGUUAAUUUCAUGAUGUUGAGGUAACAGAUAUAUUGGAGGUUUAUGGGAAAAAAAAGUUUAUAUUAUUUUCUUAAUUUCUUUUGAAAGGAGAACUUACCAACAACGUUAAUCAUUGGGAAUUUUAUAAAAAAUUUUUAUUCUAAAACUAAAAUAAUAAAAAUUAGAAAGGGUAUAAAAUCAUAUUAGCAAAUUAUGAUCAAGAAAUAUUGUAAAAAUUAUUUAAUAAUCUGAAAUCUUAAAAAGAUGAUCUAAUUUAAGCUUAUCAAGAAAUAAUACAAUCUUUUUAAAACUAUCUUAAAUAAGUCUCUUAAAUUUCAAUUUAAAUUAUUUAGGAUGAUUAAAAAGUAUCUUUAAAAAAAUUUUUAGAAACUUAUAAAAAAUUAAUUAUUUUGUCAAAUUAUAUUCUAGAAUUAUCUUAAUUUGAAGCUGUUAAAAUUAAAAUGCUUACUCCUUAUCUAAAUUAAUUUAAAAUUAAAAAAAAUAAGACCCUUUUAUAGAACAAUUAAGAAAAAGUGGAUGAUUUUAUUAAAAUUUAAUUAAUUGAAUUUAUUGAUCAAUUAUUAAGUUUAUUUUUAAAUGCCAUAUAAUUUUCAAGUUAAAUUUAUGAAGCAAGUUUAUUUUUAACAAUAAAAAAAUUAGAAGAUUUGGAUACAAUUAUAAAAUCAUUUGAAAUUAACAAUUUUCAAGACUAGUUCUUUAUUUUUGAAAAUAAGUUUGUUUAAUUUACUUAAGCAUUAAAUUAUUUUAAAAAACAUUUUAAUAUAUUUAUUUAAAAAGAAGAAUAAAUCGACAUUGCAAUAUCAUUACAAGUUCCCAAUAUUGGGGAAAUAAUUGAUUAUAAUUGUAAAGGACAAUGGUUAGAUAAAUUAAUUGGAAAAAUUAAAAUCGUCUUUAAUUAAAAAUUUAAUUUAUUCAAUCAAUAAUUUCUUAAUGUUGAUGAUGUUUAAUUAAUUUUCAUUAAUUGCAAAUUUUGUAUCCUAAUUUUAUAAUUUUUAAAGUAAUUCUUUAAUAUACAAAACCAUUAUAUAUAGACAAUAAGAAACUAACUUUAAGAUUAUAAUACUUAAUCUGAAUCAUCAAAUAAGGAGGAAGAUGUAAAUUUUACAUUAAAUAUCGCUGAGAUCUUAAUUAAAUAGAAAUAAAAAUUUUCAGUGUUUUUGAAAACAAAUUUCGAGGAAUGUGAUGAAUAAAAUUUGAAAAUGAGUUGUAAAAAUAUAGUGGCUUAGAUUUAAUCAGAUUUUAACAAUAUAAUAAAUGAAUUCUAAAGUUGGCAAAAUUAAGAUUUAUGUGAUUAAAUUUUAUAACUCUUUGCAGAGGCCUAAUUUCUAAUUAUUUAAGUUUAAGAAAAUCCUAAAGAAAUAUCAAAUUUAGAAAAUCUCAUAGCUAAAUACGAUUAAGCUUUAAAUGAAGUUAAUAAUUUUAAUAAUAAUAAUCUUGAAAAAAAUUAGAAAGUAUAUGAUUAGACGGAUGAAUCCCUACUUUUUUUUUCCUAAAAAUAAAUAUAAAAUGAACAGAUGUUAAUGCUCAUUAAGUAAAGCAAGAAAUAUUUUAAAUCAUAUAAGUAAUUAUUAUAACUUGGUCUAAGUUUAAUUCAUUAAUAAAAGCAAGUUUAAAAGUAGAAAUAAAUGAAAAUUCAAUAAAAUAUCUCACAAGAAAAAUCAAAUGAAGAGUAAAAAAAACUCUAAGAUCAAAUACUUCAAUUAUAAAAUUAGGAAUAAGAAAAUUUAAAAAUGUAAAUAAAAAUUUUAAAAGAAAAGAGUGAGAAAUUUUUUAACUAAAAAGUAAUUACAUAAAUCAAUUAGUUAAAUAAUAUUUUUUCAAUUGAACAUUAAUAAAUUACAUAGUAACUAGUAGUAAUACUAAAACUAUCUGAGUUUUUGGCAUUUUUUAAUUUAAGAUCCAAUUAAGAAUACUUGAAAGGGGUAAAGCCAGAUGAUGUAAAUAAUGCUAUUUGGUAAGAAAUAAAAAAUUCAUAUGAUGAGAUCAAAGAGAAGAUAUAUGAUUCAAUGAAUUUAAAUCUUGAACAUAAAGUUAGAGAGGGAUUAGUUUACAAUUUAAUAAGAGUGUAAUAAAGCAUUUAAGAAUAAUAGAUUUACUCAUUCUCUACUAAAUUAAUAUAGCAUAUGUGGGUAUUUGAAAAAGAUUAAAGAGUUAGAAAUUUAUUGAAAAAUAAAGAACUAGUUUAAAUUUAAAAAUAAUUAUUUUCAUAAGAUCUAGAUAAUUUAUCAGUUUCUUUAAAAGAUGAAUUAAAAGAAAGGAUUUUAAAACUAGAAAACCUACAACAAUAAAUCAAGCUUGAAGGAAAUUCUUAAAAAAGAGAACAGCUGUAAUUGGAAUUAAAAUAAUUAUAUGAAGAACUAGAUGAAUCUAUAGACAACAUAUCUGAAUUGUCUGAUAUUAUGGAUAUAAGUUUAAUAUUUUUAAAAGAUAUAUCAAAAGAUGUAAAAUAAAUAAAAAAUUAAAUUGAUAAUUUAUAAGAAAGUUUAAAUUAAGUAGGUGAUGAUAUUCGUAAAUUAAGAGGAAAAAGAUAUGAUGAAUUAUUAGAAAUAAGAAAAUAAAAAAUAUUAUUAUAAUCUAAAUUAGCAGAAGUAGAUUCUGUUUAUGUUUAAUUAAAAACUAUAGAAUUUGAUCCUGUUAGUGGUUAAAGUAUAACAUCAAAAGAUGGUUCAAACAUAACUAAAUUAAUGAGUGAUUAAUGGGAUGAUUUUACAGGUGAAGUUAAUGAAUUUAUAUGGGAUGAAUCAAAAUCAAAUGAUGUAAUGUUACUUUCAGGAAAUGCUGGUUCUGGUAAAAGUAAAGCAGCAAGAAAAAUUGAAGAAUUUCUUUGGAAAUAAAAAGGUAUUCAAUCUAAAUGGAUUCCUAUCUUUGUAUCAUUACCAACUUUAAAAAAUCCUAAAUAUAAUUUAUUUGAAUAAGCUUUAGAAUCUGAAAAUUAUUAAUUUGAUAAAUAUUAACUUAGAGAAUUUAAAGAAGCUAUUUAAAAUAAAAAAGAAUUUAUUAUAUUAAUAUUAGAUAGUUAUGAUGAAAUGAAAUAAGAUUGUAUUUAAUAAAAUCUUAUUAUUACAAAUAAACUAAUUAAUGAUUUAAAUAUUGAUGACCGUUAAAAAUAAGUCAAGAUAAUAAUUACAACUAGAAGAGAAAUAUUAAACACUUUAGGAUAUUAAACUUGGUUUUAUGGAUAUAGUAUAAGAAGUUUAAAAGAAGUAUAAAUCUAAGAUUUCGAUAAAGAUUAAAAAAGUGAUUAUUUAAUUUAAUAUACUGAACUAAGUGUAAAGAGAAAAAUAAGAGUUGUUUAUGAUUUCUUGAAACAGAUUUCAUAAUUAAAUUUUAAUUUAGAUGAAUUUUUAGCUAUAUGGCAAUAAGUUAAUAUAUAAGUUUAACAAAGUAUCAAAAAUUCUCAUAAUACUUAAUUAGAAUAAAUUUUUGAAAAUUCUUAAAGGGAAGAAUUAAUCAAGAAAAUUUUAGAACAUUCUCCAUUUAAAUAAUUAAAGGUUGAAUAGAUUACAGGACUCAGAAAGGAUUUAUCAUCUUUGUGGAGUGUUUAUAAAUUUGAAAAGGCAAUAGAAAANUGGAUAUAAGUUUAAUAUUUUUAAAAGAUAUAUCAAAAGAUGUAAAAUAAAUAAAAAAUUAAAUUGAUAAUUUAUAAGAAAGUUUAAAUUAAGUAGGUGAUGAUAUUCGUAAAUUAAGAGGAAAAAGAUAUGAUGAAUUAUUAGAAAUAAGAAAAUAAAAAAUAUUAUUAUAAUCUAAAUUAGCAGAAGUAGAUUCUGUUUAUGUUUAAUUAAAAACUAUAGAAUUUGAUCCUGUUAGUGGUUAAAGUAUAACAUCAAAAGAUGGUUCAAACAUAACUAAAUUAAUGAGUGAUUAAUGGGAUGAUUUUACAGGUGAAGUUAAUGAAUUUAUAUGGGAUGAAUCAAAAUCAAAUGAUGUAAUGUUACUUUCAGGAAAUGCUGGUUCUGGUAAAAGUAAAGCAGCAAGAAAAAUUGAAGAAUUUCUUUGGAAAUAAAAAGGUAUUCAAUCUAAAUGGAUUCCUAUCUUUGUAUCAUUACCAACUUUAAAAAAUCCUAAAUAUAAUUUAUUUGAAUAAGCUUUAGAAUCUGAAAAUUAUUAAUUUGAUAAAUAUUAACUUAGAGAAUUUAAAGAAGCUAUUUAAAAUAAAAAAGAAUUUAUUAUAUUAAUACUAGAUAGUUAUGAUGAAAUGAAAUAAGAUUGUAUUUAAUAAAAUCUUAUUAUUACAAAUAAACUAAUUAAUGAUUUAAAUAUUGAUGACCGUUAAAAAUAAGUCAAGAUAAUCAUUACAACUAGAAGAGAAAUAUUAAACACUUUGGGAUAUUAAACUUGGUUUUAUGGAUAGAGUUUAAGAAGUUUAAAAGAAGUAUAAAUCUAAGAUUUCGAUAAAAAUUAAAAAAGUGAUUAUUUAAUUUAAUAUACGGAACUCAGUGUAAAGAGAAAAAUAAGAGUUGUUUAUGAUUUCUUGAAACAGAUUUCAUAAUUAAGUUUUAAUUUAGAUGAAUUUUUAGCUAUAUGGCAAUAAGUUAAUAUAUAAGUUUAACAAAGUAUCAAAAAUUCUCAUAAUACUUAAUUAGAAUAAAUUUUUGAAAAUUCUUAAAGGGAAGAAUUAAUCAAGAAAAUUUUAGAACAUUCUCCAUUUAAAUAAUUAAAGGUUGAAUAGAUUACAGGACUCAGAAAGGAUUUAUCAUCUUUGUGGAGUGUUUAUAAAUUUGAAAAGGCAAUAGAAANAUAAAUCAAGCUUGAAGGAAAUUCUUAAAAAAGAGAACAGCUGUAAUUGGAAUUAAAAUAAUUAUAUGAAGAACUAGAUGAAUCUAUAGACAACAUAUCUGAAUUGUCUGAUAUUAUGGAUAUAAGUUUAAUAUUUUUAAAAGAUAUAUCAAAAGAUGUAAAAUAAAUAAAAAAUUAAAUUGAUAAUUUAUAAGAAAGUUUAAAUUAAGUAGGUGAUGAUAUUCGUAAAUUAAGAGGAAAAAGAUAUGAUGAAUUAUUAGAAAUAAGAAAAUAAAAAAUAUUAUUAUAAUCUAAAUUAGCAGAAGUAGAUUCUGUUUAUGUUUAAUUAAAAACUAUAGAAUUUGAUCCUGUUAGUGGUUAAAGUAUAACAUCAAAAGAUGGUUCAAACAUAACUAAAUUAAUGAGUGAUUAAUGGGAUGAUUUUACAGGUGAAGUUAAUGAAUUUAUAUGGGAUGAAUCAAAAUCAAAUGAUGUAAUGUUACUUUCAGGAAAUGCUGGUUCUGGUAAAAGUAAAGCAGCAAGAAAAAUUGAAGAAUUUCUUUGGAAAUAAAAAGGUAUUCAAUCUAAAUGGAUUCCUAUCUUUGUAUCAUUACCAACUUUAAAAAAUCCUAAAUAUAAUUUAUUUGAAUAAGCUUUAGAAUCUGAAAAUUAUUAAUUUGAUAAAUAUUAACUUAGAGAAUUUAAAGAAGCUAUUUAAAAUAAAAAAGAAUUUAUUAUAUUAAUACUAGAUAGUUAUGAUGAAAUGAAAUAAGAUUGUAUUUAAUAAAAUCUUAUUUUGACAAAUAAAUUGAAUUAAGAAUUAAAUAUUGAUAAAGUUAAUAGGUAAAUGAAAGUUAUCAUAACAACAAGAAAAGAAAUUCUAAAUGUAGCUGGAUAUUAAACCUGGUUUUAUGGGGAAAGUUUAAUAAAAUUAAAGGAAGUUUAGUUAUAAAAUUUUAAUAUUUAGCAAUAAAUGGAAUAUUUAAAUUAAUAUGUUGAAUUAAGUGUUAAAAGGAGAAUAAAAGAAAUUUAUGAGUUUAUUAAAUCAAUAUCUGGAUAAAAUUUUGAUUUAAAAGAAUUUCUCACUAUUUGGGGUUUGAUAUCUUAAUAUGUGAAUGCUUGCAUUAAUAAAUCAUUUAGUAGAAAUUCAGAUGGAAUUUUUCAAAAUAAGGAAGAAAAUUUUAUUAUUGAUAAGAUAAAAACUCAUAAAACCUUAGAAAUUUUAAAGGAAGAACAAACUACAGGAUUAAGAAAAGAGUUAUUAGCUUUAUGGAGUGCUAAUAAAUUUAAAACAGCUAUUGAAAGUAUCAAGAUUCAAGAUUUAUUAACAACUCCAUUCAUGCUGGAAAUUAUUGUAUAAGUUUUACCUAAUAUGGCCAAAAGAUAUUCAGGGUCAACAUAAAUUAAAGAUAUUUUUAUCAAGAAUUACAUGAGUUUAUAAAAUUAAGUAAGGUUGUCUAAAAAUGCACAAGACUUUUAUAAAAAAGAUAAUUAACCAUAUUUAGAGAAUUAAUAAAAGGGUUUGAAUAAAGUCGAUGAUGAAUAAAUACUUAAAAAGGAAAAAGAUGAAGAGUACCAAUAGAAAAUUUAGAGAGCAAAAGUAGAUGAUAUCGUGGAUAAAUUAGAUAAUUAGAAUUUUUUCUAAAACUAUUCAAUCGUUAGUGUAUUAAAUCAUGAUGGAGAUACUUUUAUGUUUGAUGGUAAUAAAGUAUAAUUAAAUACUGAUGAUAUUAAUUUUGUAAUUAUUGCUUUAAAGAUGAAAAAAUUCACAGUAUUUGAAUUUUAUGAAAGUUUUAUUAAUUUUUAUCAUGAAUAACAAAUUUAAAAACAAAGAGAACUUGGUAAAGUAUCGAAUUAUGAAAGUUUUGCAUGUGAUAUUUAUUAAUUUUCCUAUUCUUUAGCUAUUGAUAUGAUUAUGAGAGAAUUAUCAUAAAUCAGUUUUAAACCAUAAGGCAAGCUUGAUUUAAAAAGUAACUAUAAAAUUGAAUAAUUUGUUGAUAAUUGGUUAAAUUAAUAUUUUGAUAUUGAAGAUGAAUAUAAGAAAUUAAUUAGAAGUUGCAUUUUAUUAAGUGCUAAGGGUACAACAUUUUAAUUCACACACAAAUCAAUUUAAGAAUUCUAUGUUGCCAAAUAUAUUUAUGAUCUUUUAAUAUCUUUGGAUAAUUUUGAAUCUAAUUUUUAAGUAGAAAUUAAUUCUGAAAUAAAUAGAAAUUAACAAAUUUUAAUAAAAUCAGUUUUUAAUGAUCCUAAAUUUAAUAUUUCCACAGAUAACUUUAGAGGUGUAAUUAAUUUUGUUAAAGAAAAAUUAAUACAUGUUCAAAAUAUCAAUUUAUAAUUGAUAGAAAUAGUAAAACUUUCAAGGAUUAAAAGCUUUUGCAGAGCUUCUUCAAAUAGUAUUUAUUUAUUAAGCUAAAUGAAUUUAUAUUUGGGAUCCCAAGACUUUAAUAAUAUUGAAUUAGCAGAUACAAACAUUUCUGGACUAAGUUUAUUUGAUUGUGAUUUAAGUUAAUCUAAAUUUUAAAAUGUUGAAAUUAAUUCGUGCAAUCUAAAUUUUGCUGACUUAUCAAAUGCAUAAUGGUUAAAUGUUCUUUGUAAAGAAAAACCCUUCUUAAAAGGAUAUAAUAGUGGAGUUUUAGAAGUUUAAUUUUCACCUGAUGGCCAAUAUAUUGCAUCAGCUGGAACUGAAAAUUAAAUUAAACUAUGGAAUGCAGACACUUAUUAAUUUAUUUAAGAUUUAGAAGGACAUACAGCUAAAAUUAACACAUUAUCAUUUUCAUCAGACUCUUCUACAAUAUAUUCAGGAAGUGAUGACCGCACUAUCAGAAAAUGGAAUAUAAAUGAUCUACUGAAAAGUGAAAUUUUAUAUUAAAUGUAAAAUAAAGUCCUUAAAGUAUAAAUAUCUUAAGAUUCUAAAAAAUUAUAUUCAUAGGAUGGAGAUGGAAAUUUCUAAAUUUUAGAUUUAUAAAAAGAUAAUCAAACUGAAGAUUGUAUUUUUAAUCUUAAUAAUAAAUCUAUCAUAUUAUUCAGAUUGCAUCCAACUGAACCUAUAAUUGCAAUUAUGUAUCAUAACAAAUAAAUUGAUUUAAUUAAUUACUAAACUAAUGAUUAAACAACACUCGAAUCCAGUAUUGACUUAAGUUAGAAUAAAAUAAUCGACUUAGUUUUUAGUCAUGAUGGAAUUUAUUUAGCAGUAGCUACAUUAAACUAAGUUAUUGUCUGGAAUAUUUAAGAAGAUAAAAAAAAAGAAAAAAUAAUAUUUAAUUUCCAUUCUAAUAUUAAACUUUUUUCAAUUAUUUUUGCUUAAGAUAAUAAAUAAUUAAUAUUUGGAGUAAAUGAAUUUGUGUUUUCUAGAGAAAUAGCAUCAUAUGAUAAUUAAAUUCAAAUGGAAAAAGAAAAAUGUUUUGAAAUUUAAAUAUCCCCUCAAGGCAAAGUAGCUGCAAUGGUUUAUGAAAAGAAACUGAAUAUAAUUAAAUUAAAUUAAGGAGAGUUGAUAAAUUCAAUUAAAUUUGAUCUUCAACCAAAUCAAAUAAUAUUCUCUAAGGAUGGCUCUAAAUUAGCUUUAUUUUUAAAGGAUCAAUAAAUUGUCAAAAAUUUUAUAAUUUUGGAAGUGCCUUCACUUAAAACUAUUUGUUUUGUACCUUGGGAUUCAAAUAAUUGGAUUAGUUUUAUAUUAUCUAAUAAUUUUGAUAAUUUAUAUAUUUCAUAUGAUAACAUUUCUAAAGUAGUAAGGGAUAAUGUGAAAUAUGAUUAAUAGUAAUUACUAGAAGAAAGUAGAAUAUAGACAGUUAUAAAAAUAAACACUUAGAAAAUUCAAAAAGAUUUAGAAAAUAGAAAAUUUAAUUUAAGUGUUGAUAAGUUUUGUGUGAAAACUUAAAGUUAGAUUAUUGCAUACAUUACAUCUGAGGCUCAAUCCAUCAAGAUAUAUGACUUGGAUAAAAAUUAAUAAAUUCAAGAACCUCUUCAAAACUAAUAGAAAGAAGUGAAGGCCUUUUAGUUUUCACCCACUAAAAAUGAACUAGCUGUUAUUUACAUUGAUGAGUUGCUAAUAUGGAAUUUAGACUUGAAACCUUUUAAUGUUUAGAAAAGAAUAAGUUUUGUUGAUAUAGAUGUUAAAUCUAUAAAUUAUUCUCCAGAUGGCUCACAGUUUGCUUUAGUAUUUCAAAAUAUUUUUAAAAUCUAUGAUGCAAACUAUAAUCUACUAAAGGUAGAAGAAUCUAAAGAACAAGCCUAUGUAUCAUUUUCUUUAGAUAAUAAUUUACUAGGUUUUUGUUUGAAUAAUCUGAAUUAAAAUAUUGUUAUUAAAAGUAAGAUUAAGAAUUAUGAAUAAAUAUUGUUAAAAGGUCAUAAAAAAGAGCUAAUAUCAUUUAUAUUUACUCAUGAUUAAAAAUCUAUAAUAUCUGGGAGCCCUGGCGAACUAAUUUUAUGGGAUUAAUCUACUUACUAGAUAAUAGAAAAAAAGAAUACUCAUUUAAAAAAUUUUCAAUCAAUAGCUUUUUCUUAGAGUACUAAUUUCAUUGCUUUAUAUCAAAAGGGUGUUGUAGAAUUAUGGUAGUAUUAGGAUAUUUCAUUGAAAUUUAUUGGAUCUUCAGUGUUUGAUAUUCCUAUUAAGUAGUUUAGCUUUAUAAAUGAUGAUAAGCAUAUUAUUUUGUUAAAAGCAAAUUUAGAAUUAUUGCUAUGUGAUUUAGAUUUUUUUUAAGUGGAAUAAACAUUUGAAUAAUGGUAUGAUUGUGGUGCAAUAUCUUAAAAUGAUUUAAUUGCUUUAUCAUUAAACUAAGAGAUAAAUAUCUUUAGUAAUGAAUUCGAUAAAUGCUGUUAUUCUUUUAAGACAGUUUAGAAAACAAAAUUUCUAAAAUUUUUUGAGAAUAAAUAAAAUUUAUUAUUAUAAUGCGAAGAUUAAAUGAUUAAAAUUUGGGAUUAUGAAAAAGGAUAACAGAUAUCUGGAAUUAAGAUUUAUGAAAAGGUCUUACCAUAAUUGUUUUUAUAGAAUGAAAUAUUAAUUUCAUAAAGUGAAAAUAAUGUUAGAAUAUGGAAUUUAGGUGAUUUAUGCAAUAUUAAGUUGUGUGGCUAUCACGAAAGCAUAAAUUCAUUUUCUAUAUAGGAUGAUGGAUAAUUUGGAGUAGGUAUCAAAGAUGGAAAAGAUAUAUAAAUAAUAGAUAUAUUCAAUAUUAUAUAUGCAUUUCCAAUUAAUUAAGAUCAGUAUAUUAAAUAAUUGGUUACUUCAAUCAAAUAAUAAUUUAUUAUUAUUUUAACUUUUUCAAGAAAGCUUUUUAUCUUAUAAUUAGAUACAAAAUAAAUAUAUUAAUUUAAUGGAGAUGUUAAUGCUGUAACUUUAUGUUAAGAAAACAACUAUAUUUUAGUGUAAACAGAAUAAAAAAUUUAAUUAAUUGAAUAUUCUAAUGGAUGUUUAAAUAUUAUUGAUACUUUUGAUUUAUAGAACAAAAUUACUGAUUGCAUUAUUACAUUUACAAAUGAUGGAUAAGAUUUCUCAUUAAGUUCUUAUUAUAUGAUUAGAUUAUUUUCAAUAAAAAAAAACUAAUAAAUUAUAUGUAAAGGCAUGAAUUAUCAAUUAGAGAAGAAUUAUAUAAUUAAAGAUGCUUAUAUAAAAUAAGCUUAAAUAUUUUAAAAUAAAGGAAUAUUAGAUAAAUAAAUACUUUUAGCUAUUUUAGAUUAAGAAAAAAAAACAUUUAGAAUUAUUGACACAUAAAAAUCGAAAUAAAUUGUAUUGAUAAAAAGUAAAUUAUAUUACAAUACUUUUUAAUUAAGCUUUGAUGAAGAAAUUGUUUUUUUUGUAAAUGAUUAUAUGUAGUUAUCUGUUUUGGAAAAUAACAAUUAUACUAUUAAAUAAAUUGAAAAUCUAAAAAUUGAAGGAUUCUCUAGAUCAUAUAUGAAAGCAGUUGGAAGAGAUUCGGUUGUGUUUGUAAAUAAUAAAAACCAAAUAAUGUUAUUUUCAAUACCAUCUACAAAAACUCUUAUUGGAACAACUUAGAAAGACAUCAACUGUAUGAUAUAUUUGCCUUAAUAAGAAUGGCUGGCAAUAAGCACAGAAGAUAAUAAUAUUAUGUUUUGGGAUGUAAAAGCAAAAAAGAUUGUUGGAACACUAAAAGGACAUUAAAAAAAAAUAAAUGCAAUUUCAGUUUCAUAAGAUGGUAGUGUUCUUGCUUCAGCAAGUGAUGAUAAACUAAUAAAACUCUGGAACAUAAAAUAAAAUGAAUCAUUUGAAACAAAAACAGCUCAUUAAUAUUCCAUAAAUGCAUUAGCUAUAUCUUAAGACGGCUUUUUAUUAGCUUCUGGAAGUGUAAAAGGUGAAGAAGCUGAAGUUCCUAUAAUAAUGUGGGAUCUUAAAGAGAAAAAACUAAUGACUUAAUUGAAAAAACAUAAAGAUUCUAUAAACUGUUUAUAAUUCUCUUAUUGUUCUAAGUAUUUAAUUUCUGGAUGUAAUGAUGGAACAAUAAUAUUUUGGAAUAUUGAAUAUCCAUAGGCUACAAUAGUUUUAUAUAUAAUAGAUGAAUUGAACUUUCCUAUAAAUUCCCUUAGUUUUUCCCCAAAUGAACAAAUGCUUGUCUCUUUUUGCAAAUUUGAUAAUAUUCAAAAAUGGAAUUUCAAACAAAUUGGGCAAUAUGAAAAAGAUAAGCCAAUAACAUUAAAUAUUAAUUCAAAUACUUAUUGUUUUUUUCAAUAAAAUGAAUUUAUUUAUGUUUAAAAUAGUUAAGAACAAUUAACAAUAUUAAAUGUAGAAUCCUAAAAAUAAUAAAUUUUAGAAUAGAAUUCAAAAGUUAUCUAAAUUAUACCCUCAAAUGAUUAAAAUUUAAUUUUGUGUUUGGAAGGAUUAGGAUAAUUAUAUUCUUGGUCAAGAGACAAAGAUAAUAAUUGGAUAAAAAAAUGGAUUUAUUUAUCAUAGUCUAAAUUUAUUUUACUAUCUCCAGAUAAUUAAUUUAUAUUUUAAGCUAAAGAUUGUACAUCUCAGGAACAACCUCUAUUUUCAGAUACAAUUUCAAACAAAUUUAGAAUCUUGCUUCAUGAUUACUAAAAACUCUAAGGUGUUGAAGAGAUAAUAAACUAUAAAUUUGAUAAAAAUGAAUAGCUAUAAUGUGCAUUUUCAUUUGAUUUAACUUAGACUGCAAUAUUCAAAAAAUAAGAAGUUAAAAUAUUAGACACAAAAAAUUGGUUGUGUAUAAAAGAAUUAAAAUAGUCUUAAAAUUCUAAAUAACCAUUAAUAUCUAGAGAUAAAAAAUAUUUAGCUUGUUAUUAGGAUAUUUAAUAAUUAGGCAAAGAUAAAUAUGAAAAUAUAAUUACUUUAUGGGAAAUUAACAAUCCAGCAAAUUAAAAAUAACUAGAAGUUAAAGAAGAAAAAUUAAGAAUAUACUAAUUUUCUGCUCAAGAUUCAAAUAUAAUAUAUGCUUUAUAUACUGAUGGAAAAGUAAGAGAAUGGAAUAUAACAACAUAAUAACAUCAAAUUAUAGUUACCAUCUCUGAAACAAUAAAGAUUGAUUUAGUGCAAUUUUCUAAAAACCUUACAUUAUUACUUUAUUAGAGUGAAAUAAAUUCAAAAUUAAUGAUAUAUAAUUUUAAAACCAAAGAAAAAUCCUCUUUGUCUGUUGGCGAAGAAUUUUAUUUUAUUGCUUGCUCUCAAAAUGAAGAUUUAUUUGCUGUUGCUAUUAGGUAAGGAGUUAAAAUUCUUGAUGGUAAAUAAGAAUCUAUAAUAUAAGUUUUUGAUGAUAUGAAUUUAUUUAAUGUUUCAUUCAUAAUUUUUUCGCAUGAUGAUUAAUAAUUGCUAUUUUGUCAUGAUAGCACUAUAUAUCUUUAUGAAUUAGCAGAAACAUUUAAAAAUAAAAUUCUUGGAUGUUGGAAUGUACAAUCUUAAAUUUUUAACUGUGUCUUUAAUUCUUUUAAAUAAGAAAUUGGUUUACAACUCAGUGCUUAAAUAUUAGUUUUAAAAUUAUGUCCAACUAUUCUCAAAUCUGAGUUAUUGAGUAUAGAAAAUUAAAAAUGUAGUUGCUUUUCACCUGAUAGUAAAUAUUUGGUUAAUUUGGCUCCAUCUUUAUAAGUUUUGGAAUUAUAAAAUCUUUAAAUGAUUCAUAACUUUGAAGAUUAUACUGGAGAAUAGAUUUAAUUCUAGACAUCAGAAAUCUUAGUUAUAGCAAAUAGGAAUAAAUUAUAAUUUAUCAAUAUCAAUAAAAUAUAGAAAAUAGUAAAAAUUAAAGAAAUUAGAUUCUAUAAUAAAAUAAUAGAUAUGGCUCUCACAUUAAAUUAUUUAUUAAUAUAAUUUAAAAAUGAUUUCAAUUAAACAAAAGUUAUAUUUAAUAGCAUUGAUAAAUCUGAAGAAAAUUUAUUUAAAGCUAUUUAUAAUUCAAAAGGAAAACCAAUUUUUUCAGGAAAUGGAAAUUAUUUUGCUUUAAGUAAUUAAACUAAUAUUCAAAUAAUCAAUAUUAAAAAUAUCAAAUAAGAAAAAUGCGUAUAGCUAAAUAGAUAAAUUAAUUAAGGUAGGAUAUUUUAUUCAUUUGAUGGUAACUUGAUAUUUUUUUGUUUUGAUUAGAGCAUUUCAAUUUUGGAUUCUAUUAGUUUCAAAAAAGUUAAAGAAAUUAAAAUAGAUUUUCAAGCCAAUCAAUUUGAAUUUUCUUAAAAUCAGAAAUAUUUGGCUUCGAUGUGUUCUACAGCUAUUUAAAUUUUUUCUUUUUACAACUAGAAAGAUCUUUUUGAAUUUUGGACUAUUAAAGGGGAUAAAAAUUUAAUAAACUCUAUUGCUUUAUCUCCAAAAGGAGAUCUUCUUUUAACAGGUGGUUAAAAUUAAGUAGAUUAUAUUAAUUCUAUUGCAUUAUGGAAAGUAGAAUAACGUGAAUAAAUUUGUGUAAAUAAUUAAAUAAAUGAUGAAGUCAAAGUUCUUAAAUUUUGUCCAGAUGGUGUUAAUUUUGUUGCAGGUCUUUCAGAUGGAUCUGUUAAUUUAUAUUCUAUUCAUGUUUAAUAAACUAAUUUCUAUAAGAAAUAAUGUUUUGGAUAAUUCAAAUUAAAUGAUGAGAAAUCUAAAUAUUAAAUAUUUUGUUUUAAAUCAUUUGCUAAAUAAUCAUUAUUGACUGCUCAAUAGAGCCUUUUAACGAAAUCAUGCAUAAAGUCAGAACAAAAAUCUAUUAUUGAAUUAUUUCUUUAAAAAGGAGCUUAAUAAUGA